AUGGCUGUCGUUUCUCACGGCCGCGGCGGUGCCGCCAACAUCGGGCCGGACGAUACUCCCUAUGUCGACGGAGAAAUUGUUCGUGAGGGUCCCGUCGGCAAUCAAGGCGAUGGACCAUAUUCUUCAGGGCGGGGAGGCGCCGGCAACAUUGACAGCGAUGGCGAACAUACCACCGGUGCACCUCAUGAUGCAGAGAUCGUUCCCGAGCCAGCCAUGCGGAUCGCAAAAGAAGAGUCUCACCAUGUUGGACGCGGAGGCGCCGGCAACGAGGCGCAUGUGCACAAAGACAAGAAACAUGAAUCUCUCGCAGACAAGCUGAAGCACCUCUUCUUCAAGAAGAAGACAUGA